UGGUAAAGAGACGAUUCAACAUCCAAAAUUCUGUUUUGAAAAACUUGACUGAAAACCAAUAUUCUUCCGGAACUUCUCAGCUAUCUGCAGACCGGAAAAAAUGGAACCAGACCCCCGCCGGAUACAUGCUCAGGUCAUCAAAUCCGCCACCGCCGGCGUCUCCGACUACCGUUUCCACCUCAACAAUCUCCUAAACCUGUACUUCAAAUCCCACCUCAUUCCGGAUGCUACUCGUCUCUUCCAACAAAUCCCAUCACCCAACGUCGUCUCCUGGACCUCCCUCAUCUCCGGCCACUCCACGACCCAUUCCGCCCUCACCCAUUUCGUCUCCAUGCUCCGCCACCCCGUUUGCCCCAACCAACGCACGUUAGCCAUUCUUUUCAAAACCUGCGCCUCUCUCAAUUCUUUAUCAUUCGGUCUCCAGCUUCAUGCCCUUUCGAUCAAACUCUCCCUUUGUGAUAAACCCUUUUCAGCCUCUGCCCUCAUUCACUUUUACUCAAAAACUCAGCUUCCUUACAAUGCCCGGAAGGUGUUCGACGAAAUGCCUGAACGAGACUCGGUUUGUUUUUCGUCGGUUAUUGUUGGGCUGGCGCAGAAUGGUAAGUCUGUUGAUGCUUUAUCUUACUUUUCUGAGAUGAGGGCUUGUGGGUUUGGGUCUACGGGUUAUAGCGUGUCGGCUGCGUUGCGUGCGUCGGCUGAACUAGCUGGUUUGGAGCAAUGUAGGAUGGUUCAUGCACAUUCGAUUGUUAACGGGCUUGAUUUGAAUGUGAUAGUGGGGACGGCGCUCGUGGACGGGUAUGGGAAAUGCGGGAUGGUGGAUGAGGCGCGUUUGGUGUUUGAUGAGCUUGUGUCGGUUAUGAAUGUUAUAGGGUGGAAUGCUAUGAUGUCUGGAUAUGCGCAACAAGGGGACAACGAUUCGGUUUUGGAGCUCUUUAGAAUGAUGGAGUUUAAAGGUCUUGUGCCUGAUGAAUAUAGUUUUUUAUCGGUCAUGACGGCGUUUUGCAACAAGGGUUUAGUUGACGAGACCGAACAUUGGUUUAAUAAGAUGAAAGUGGAGUACAAACUAGAGCCGUGGAUUGAGCAUUACACGUGUUUGGUUGGUGCGAUGGGUAGAGCUGGGAGGUUAGAAGAAGCGAAAAACAUUGCUUUGACGAUGCCGAAUCAUAAAGCUGACGCUGCAAUGUGGAGGUCUUUGCUAACGGUCAGUGCACAUCAUGGUAACGUUGAAAUGGUCAAAGAAAUGAGUCAAAGGUUACAAGAACUUGACCCGCAAGACGAUUCGGCUUACGUGAUUGCCGCAAAUGCGUUUUCCGGUGCCGGAAGGUUAAACGAAGUGCAAGAAGUUAGAAAAUUGAUGAGAGAAAGGAGGGUAAAAAAGGAAGGUGGGUUGAGUUGGAUCGAGGUUUGUGGGCAAGUUCACGUCUUUUUAGCAGGAGACCGCCGACAUGAACUAACGGAACAAAUCUACGCAAAGUUAGCCGAACUAAUGGAGAAAAUACUCGAAUUAGGGUACGUGCCGGUUCACAAUGAAAUGCUGCAUGAAGUAGGGAAAGAGGAUAAGAUAGAAGCACUUUGGUAUCACAGUGAGAAAUUAGCGCUAGCGUUUGGGUUGGUUGCUGACGUGGCACCACGAGGAAAGGCGUUGAGGAUUGUGAAGAAUUUAAGGAUUUGUAGGGAUUGUCAUGAGGCGUUUAAGUAUAUUAGCAGAGUGGUGGAGAGGGAGAUUGUAGUGAGGGAUGUUAAUAGAUACCAUAGGUUUUUGGAUGGUGGUUGUAAUUGUGGAGAUUAUUGGUGAUUCACGCACGAAAGAAAGUGUUCUAGUUGGCGUCACUCACAGCUCACACCCGUGUGUGUUUGAUCUUCAGGAGAUUAUCGGCUUUCAUCUUGCGUGAUUUGAGAAGAUAUCAUUGUUUGUGUAAUUUACUCUUUAAGUUUAUUUACAAGCUAAAAAAUUUCUUUUCCUAAACUUCAUAUUUAAAUGGGACAUCGCAUUCCACGUGACUACACAAAAAUGUCAAAUAAGAGCAAGAUGAAAUAUUUCAAGCAGUUGAAAGUGGUAUCCUUAUGGAAUCUUGGUUUGUGCACACGGGUCAGGCUGAAAAGGUUGGUGAGUUGAAGAAAGAUGGGAACUUUUGAUGAUCUCGUGGAGGUAUUUCACAUUGCUUAUGAAAAUUCCUUAUCGGGUUUGAAGAAGCAGUUUGAAGUUACUUAAUAUGAAGAUGAACAUAUCUAAUAAGCGAUGCCAAACACCUAGUCAAGGUGACCCUUGGGAUUAUAUAAAGUUAAAAGAUGUUUGAUUGUGUCUUUAUUUUCUAGUCUUAAAAGUCGUUUGUUGGGAUAAGGUCUUUCGGAUUUGUUUAUACCAAAUUCAACAAGAACGAUGUGUACCGUGUACGAACAAAAAAUGUCUUUAAAAGUUUCGAGAAAAUGAUUCGAUUAUAUAUAAAGAUGAGGUUAUUUGUUAUCUUACAAUGUUUUGACAUAAACUUAAUUUGGUAUUGUAAUUGAGGCGUUGCAAUAAGAUUCUUAUGGACCAGUGCAAAUGACAUAAAGAAGAUACAUUGGAUUCUAAGUUAAAGGUGGCAUGGGCAUUGGAAAAUUGGGAUUCAGCAGUGGACCAAAGCGGAGAAAGCUGCCGAGGGAAUAAUUUCAAAUUCUCAGCCAACGAUUGUUGCUGAGAGGAUAAGAGAUGCGGCAUUUAUCUAUCUGCAGAAGUCGCUCAAGAAUAAAUUUUAUCGUGAGUUGCAGUACAAGCGUGGGUUCUACAAUAAAUCAAAUGUUGUGAUACCUACAUGCUUUAUAGACGUCCCCGCUGCUCACACUGUUCUAUCUGCAACCCGCAAUACCUGCUCAUUUUACUACAUCCAACUAAACAUCUUAUACGUUCUGUUUCCGUCUUAUUUUUGCAGACUACAUAUAAGAGUGUCGUAUACAAGUACGACAUGCAAGCCAGUCCCUACAACAAAGGAGCCCUACAGAAUUUUAGGGAGAUGUUUUACACUAGAAUCCCUGCAUCACUUGUGCAAUAGGUACUUGUAAUUCUUGCUUUAUUUGUUUUGUGUGCAUAGAUAAGCUGUACGUUUGCUUGUAUGGAUUGUACACUAAAGCUUCUUUUGGAAGCUUUAUAUUUCUAGAAGAGAGACACGAGAGAUAGAGAGGAAGAGAGACACGAGAGAUAGAGAUGUAGAUUCGUUUGAGAGAGAAGGAUUUCAACGGAUCCGUUCGUCGAUCUCUAGGGUUCAAACCCUCAGCCGCCGGCGCCAGAAAUGACGACGGUGCAAGUGGUUCGUUCGGUGGAUUUGUCGAAAAGAUUGGUUCGAGCAUUCGCAAAUCGAAAAUUUUCUCGAAGGCGUCUGUUCAGGCACUACCUCCUCCGAAAGUGGUGGGGAAGAUGAGGAAAGAAGAGGCCGGAUCGCAGAUCCGAUGGCGGAAAGGGGAAAUAAUUGGUGCGGAGCUUUCGGUCGGGUUUAUAUGGGGAUGAAUUUAGAUUCAGGGGAGCUGCUGGCGGUUAAACAGGUUUCUGUUGUUGUAAAUGCGGCUUCGAAAGACAAAACACAGGAGUUUGAAUGCACGUUAAAAUUUCUCUCAUAGAAGACUUUCUUGCAUAGAUGGGAUAUACAAUUUCUCUCAUAGAACACUUUCUUGCAUAGAUGAAAUAUACCGCGGAGAUAUAGUUGAAAACGCGUAUGACGCGGGUGCGAUGGGGGUGUUAAUAUACUCCGAUCGGAAGGAUUACGGUGGGGGCGGGGGCGGUACGAAGUGGUUUCCGGAUGACACGUGGUUGCCGCCGAGUGGUGUUCAGGUCGGGUCGGUUCUUAACGGGGCAGGUGACCCGACAACACCGUGCUGGCCGAGUAGUAUGGAAGGGUGUGAGAGGUUGUCUGAGGAUGAGGUGGAACGGGCCGGUGACGUCCCGUUGAUUCCGUCGUUGCCGAUCUCCGGUGCCGACGGUGAGGAGAUUCUGAGGUGGAUUGGUGGGGUGGUGGCUGAGGAUGAGUGGCAGGGGGAUGAAGAUGCUCCGGUUUAUAGGAUCGGGCGGGUCCUGGGGUUGCAGAACUCAGUUAUAAGAUUCGUUAUCUUAGGUAAUCACCGGGAUGCUUGGACAUUUGGAGCUGUUGAUCCCAACAGCGGCACUGCUGCCCUGCUUGAGGCUCACAUCCGCGAGUUGGAAGAAAAGGUGAAGAUACAUUUUGGAUUCAGAUGUGGAAAAACAAACCUUUGGACAAAAGUUGCAAAACUGGCCAAACCUCUCCUCAGGGACGUAAAUGUCAUUUUACUCUUUCUUUUAUUUGUAUUUGACAAUGUUUAAAAAUUUGGUAUGUGGUGGUUUUGUGUAUUUAUUCGCUAAUAUAAAUAGUACAAACACAUACAUAUGCUCUUUACACGUGUCUUAUUAUAGUAGCGGAGAUUAAAUGCU